CUGCCGUCGGGACCGGUCGCGUCAACCCACUGGCUGAGAUACCCUAAUCGCGAGCUUAUCCUGUUCCAUAAAUAACAUGAAAUAACUAAGUUUAUUUUUCUAUGUGAAUUUCCACUGUGCCACUUACUUUUUCGAAGUUUUUAAUUUUUUUAAAUAUUUUUGCUACUUUCCAAGUUUGCGUUUUUGCAAGUUUGUUAUAGGUUUUUUGACUACUGUUUUCUCAUUUCAAAGCCGACUACAGUGUAACGGUACAGUGCCAAACCAAUACCAGAAAUGGAACAUAGAUUACCAAAAUAGAAAAUAGAACCAGUGAUAAUAUAAACACGUAGUGUAAACAGUGUGUGAUGUCAUUAGAAAACAGUGUGAACUCGAAAAUGCAAUGGGCCGGUGGAGGGGAUAGAAAUGACCGCUGCCGUAGCAUACCUCAUUCGUUCGUGAGUUUUCAUUGAGUGUGGACGUGUGAAAGCAUCAAAAUGUCGGCAGCAGGAUCAGCAGUGGCGAUGAUAGGUGCAAACUUACGCUUCGGCUCAGCGGGUGCAAGCAAUUCCACAAUACUCAACAACACCAGAUAUUGCCCACCCGGCGGCGCGGCAAGUGCUGCGGCCUUGCUUGCCCUAUCUGGGCUUGGCAUGUCGGCCAAUCUAGCACUCAUGACUGUCAUACUUAGCAAGAAACAGUUAAGAAGGUGGUCCCAUGGUCUUCUGUUUCACCAAGCGGUAGUGGACUGUGCGCGAGCAGCCAUCCUUCUACCUCUGGGCAUCGCUGUAUUCCGCUGCCAGCCUGUUUACAAAUGCUCAUUAGUAGAAACCGCCUUUCUUUUGCUGGUAACCGUAUCGUCAGUAAAUAUGCUCACGACAGUUCUCAACGACAGCCCCAUUUUCCCGGAGAACGAAGAGGAACAGGCAGAUUUGUCCGCGCCAUUAUUAAUGGACAGUCCGCAGUGUGUCCUUUUCGGUACGUUCAUGAUAUGGUUCGCAUCGAUCACAAUAAACCUUGGGCCAACGUUUCUAUCCGGAGCUUUGGCCGCCAGUGCCGGCUCCUACAGUUCAUAUGGGCCAGCCCCGUCAUGUCCUUUAGUCCGAGGUCCCUUCAGGCAUUAUGUACUUAAUGCUCUUUGGAUAGGCGUGAAUGCUGUCUGCGUUGGACUGACACUUUUCCAUUUGAAGAAACUCCACAGGGAUCUUACUAAGGCUAACGUAGAAGCAGUACGAGUAGCUGGUCUAGUGACCACACUUGUCAGCAUGGCAGGAGACAACAGACGUAUGGACUCGCUGCCCAACAGUGUCGGACCUAGGACUGUAGAUGGUGCUCUAGCGGAUGGACAAUGUCGACCAACAACAAGUCAAAACUUACCCCUUGGUGGCGGACGUCGCCUACGGGGAUACUUGGCUCGGGUGGAGCGGGAGGGAGUGCGUCGUGUCCGCAUGUUCCUGGUCAUAACGGCAGCGUAUGUUCUCUUUUGGGGCCCGCUGUUCAUUAUUACUCUUCUGCAUCAUCCUGCUUUGACAUCACAUGUAGCUUAUGAGAUGUACUUCCAAAUCACGUUGCACAUCUCCUAUGUCCACGCGGCUGUGAAUCCAUUGCUGUUCAUGGCUCUGCACAGAGCCUUGCGUCGUGCAGCUUUGCAGCUGUGCUGUGGAUGCUGCGUGCAUUGGAGCCAGUUUGUGCUGGCUCUUACGGCGGCUGCCCAAUCGCCAUUAGCGCCAUCAUCAUUUUCACCCGCGGCUGCGUCUCCCGAACCACCACCGGCCCCGCCACCACCAAAGGCGCCCCCUUCCACAGUGCCCGCACCCCUUGGCGCGCCUUCACCUCACACGAUGAUGGUAAUUACUUCUUAUAUAGUUGGGAAGUUGUGGAGUGUGACGCUGAGAGUAUGUCGAGUACGCGUGUGCAGGGAGACGAGGAUAUGAUGGGGGAGUGGAGCAGUUCUCGGCGGCAACGAUCGCGGUCUCCGAGCCCGCUGCUGCCCACGAUCUGAACGAUGCGCGAGCGCCGGCAGCAUCCACUUCGACAGCUCGCUCGUGUCACGCAAGUGGUGCCACAUAUCCGCGAUAUGGCUGCUAAUAUCGUUCUUAGUCCGUACCAAGGUUUUUCUGUACAUAAAAUACACAAAACUUUAUCAUUAACCGAAUGUAAAUAUUGAAAUCUUGUACGUAGCCUAACG